GGGCGCGUUUUCCGAAGUGGUGAUGGCUCGGGAGAAGACCACGGGAAAGAUGGUGGCGAUCAAGUGCAUCCCCAAAAAAGCACUGAAGGGGAAGGAGACAAGCAUCGAAAAUGAAAUCGCCGUGCUGAGGAAGAUAAAGCACGAGAACAUAGUGGCUCUGGAGGACAUCUACGAGAGCUCAAACCACCUGUACCUCAUCAUGCAGCUUGUGUCUGGAGGUGAGCUGUUUGACCGCAUUGUGGAAAAGGGCUUCUACACAGAGAUGGAUGCCAGUCGACUCAUCCGACAGGUUUUGGAUGCGGUCAACUAUCUGCACUCUAUGGGCAUAGUGCACAGAGACCUCAAGCCUGAGAACCUGCUGUACUUCAGUCCUCAUGAUGAGUCAAAGAUCAUGAUCAGUGACUUUGGCCUCUCCAAGAUGGAGGGAACAGGUGACGUGAUGGCCACCGCCUGUGGGACUCCGGGAUACGUGGCUCCUGAGGUUUUGGCUCAGAAGCCCUACAGUAAAGCUGUGGACUGCUGGUCCAUUGGGGUCAUCGCUUAUAUUCUGCUUUGUGGUUACCCUCCUUUCUACGACGAAAAUGACUCAAAGCUCUUUGAGCAGAUCCUCAAGGCAGACUACGAGUUUGACGCACCGUACUGGGAUGAUAUAUCCGACUCUGCCAAAGAAUUCAUCAGCUGCCUAAUGGAGAAGGACCCAGAGAAGAGAUUCACGUGUGACCAGGCCCUUGAGCACCCCUGGAUUGCUGGAGGCACGGCUCUCUGCAAGAACAUACAUGAAUCUGUCAGCCGACAGAUUCGGAAAAACUUCGCCAAAAGCAAAUGGAGGCAAGCCUUUAAUGCGACGGCUGUGAUCCGCCACAUGAGGCGUCUGCAGCUGGGAACCAGCUUUGGCAGCAGCAUCUCCAGCGACAACUCUGUGUCCAACCCCCAGAGCCGAGCUCCAGCCAAGAGCCAGUCUGUGGACUGCGCCCCGCUCUCCCCAAAGGACUGUCCUCCAAUAGCUCCUCUGCCAUCUGCGGUUAAAGUGAACAAUCAGGACUCUGACAUCCCCUCUCCUGUACGAGAGGAACCAUCUGUGGUGGCCGAGCCGUCACGGCCCCGACCCUCCACCGUUACUGUCAUUCACACUGGGACUAAAUGACGCCAGGUUCCGCGGGAGGUGAGCUGGGAGACCACGGAGCUUUGAGACAGGAUCAAACCAUCCCACGCCUCGUGACUCGAUGUCUUCGCCCAGUUUGCCAAUCCCGCGGCCUCCCACUUGUUUCUGCCAAACACGGGAGGAAUUUAAGGAGCGUUUGUUUCAGCUCCAUUUACCAUGGCUGUGAGCCCGCCCCCCUCGAUGCCUGGCUUCCCACUGUCAUACAGACCCCGAAGUACAGAGGGGGAGAAGUUAAGCAGAAGUUGUUGAGGGAAGCCAUGUUCAGGCUGCAUCAUGGUUGGACCAACAACCUGCUGGUGUGCAGUGCCACACUAAAGGGAAAACUCUUCACUGAAGUUGCUGUCAUUUCUGACUGAGCGUCUUGAGACUGGACGCUCCUCUGUAUGCCUUGUGUAAAUAUCCUGUCUAGGACUAUACUGUGGAGUGAUAAGUGAAACAUAAGCUUCAAGUUGUGGUGAAGUAAUCGUGACAUCAUCUGCACUCUGAACUUCUCGUCGUUUUUUGACUGCUCGUUCAUUUGCUGUGGUAUUUGCUACAAUGGCUCAAACGGUCAUGACCCCCAAAAGUGGUGUGUAACUUCUUCGCUUUAAAGUGUGUGUGUGUACGAGAAACACAAGCAGGCUGUGGUCAUGGGGUGUGAACGCUGAGGGUGCAGCCGCGUUGCACUAAAUGUAUCGGAUUAUUUAUUUUCUUACAUUACGACUUUUCUAAAAAUAUCACUUUGAGAAAUGUGUAAAUGUAAAAAAAAAAUUCAACUGGACUGAAAAGUUAUGGCUUUAAAUGAUAAAGACACAAUAUGUGAUAGUUGCUUAUUUGUAAUCACUGUUAUGUUUGAUUGAUUAUUUUUAACGUGCAUGUGAAGUCCUCCUCGACCACAGGAGGGCGACCACGUGUUGUCGCUCUGUGAGCAGUUCUCAGGGAUGUGCUCCGACAUGAAUCUGUCCAAAACACCAGACGCUGCUGCUGAGGAAGGUGAAAGAGCUGAAAAGACAAACCCUCCUAAUCCUGCAUGUUAUUCUAAUGUGUCACUGGGUUUGUUUAUUACAUCAUUACUAACAUAUGAGCAUCGUGUAACUCACACUGAAUGGAUUGUUGCCCCAAUGACAACCUCGAAUCGCAUAUUUAAAGAACUUUUUCGUGUUCACAUUCAUGUCUGGACUUAUAAUUAAUUUGUUUAUAAACAGAUUUCAGUUUUUCCACUUUCUUCUUGUUGCCCUUGUUAUAUUGAGGACAUUUUUGUCAAAAUCAUUCAUUCCUCAAGUCCACCAUUACUCCAAAUCGUGCAUAAUAUUCUAAUGUGCCAUUGAGGCUGACAAAUGUUUUCGUCCCUUAAAUCCAUCAUUACUAACAUAUGAACAUCAUGGAACUCACACUGAAGGCGAUGUUUCCUCAAUGAAGACCUUGAAUUACAGAUUUAAAGAACGUAUUUGAAGUGUGAAUUCAUGUCUGCAGUAAAAAGAAAAAUUGACAAAUGAAUGCAAAUGUAUCAAAUUUGCUCCCAUGGCAGAAGUGUGCGGUCAGUAUAUUGUACAGUUGAGUGGUGAAAAUAUCGUGCUCUGCUUCCGCUCAUGGAGUGUCUGGUCUGUAAACAGGUCACUUUCUCUCUCUGUGUUUAAUCACUGUGCUUUCAUACCAGCCUGUUGAAUUUAGCAGAAAGACUCGUUCUCCUGCUCUCUCUCUCUCGCGCUCUCUCCCUCGUUCACACAGAAAAGAGAAGGGGUCUGUCUUUUUAUUGUCUCUGUGGAUCCUCCAUUUUCCUACGAACGAGGGAGGAAGAAAAGGAACCCUACACCAGAACAUGCCCAGUAUCAAGGGCUACGCCAUCUUGAAUUAUUAAAAAAAUGUUGGAUAGUGAAUGUGUAAAUACAAAUCUCAACCACACAGUUUGCUUGGGUCUUGAGUGUUUAUUUUUGUCUUCCCUCUCAAAAAAAACCACCAAAAGAAAACAUCAGAUGGUGCAUUUAAAGCCCCUCAGUAUGCAUGUAUUAUAUAUUGUUCUGUGGAGUUGUAGAGAUUCAUGUAUUAAAAAAAGAGGCUUGUUCGUA